CUCAUGUACACCUACUCACAACAUUUUCUUCACACCCAUACUCUGUAAACAAUACCAUAUCCCUCCCCAAGCCAUCUCCUCUUUCCUUCCCUUUGGACCGUUUCCACGAUAAAUCGCCAGCUGCGCACGCGACACAAACAGAAGAUCAUCUUCGCCGGCACAACUGACCGCUGAUUGCCACGACAGAGUCAAUAACGCUUUUCCCACUCUUACGCACGGAACGUCUUUUGUUCGCACCUUGCUCCAUAGGAUCCAGGACAGAGAUCACAGCAGUUCAUCCUCGGAUGUAGGAGCACAUAGUCAGUUUUGCGACAACGACCCUAAACUUUGGCCGUUCCAUCAGUCAUAGAAAGACAGUUUGCAAGCGGUCUAUCUGUUCAACCUGCUGCUCCGUUAACUUGUAGCGGUCAACAAUUACCGUUUGCGUUUGAGAACAUCAACAACAGUCCGCUUCUGACGAGCGGGUGUGGAUCAAUUCAGACUAUCGCAAAGCUUUAACUACUUUUGUUCCUUAAUCAGCAAACGCAAGAAAUUUCUUUGUCGGUCUUACAUUACUAUCCAGUUACGAAUACCAGGAUAGCAACACAGCUUUUUAAGCAGAAGGAAUAUUCAAACACCACGGAAUUCCGCCAUUUGCUCCUCUCUUCCCCCCUUUGCCCAAAACCCACGUUAGAUCUUGUCUUCGGGCUUUUAAAGCGCUAUAGCAACCGGAAUGAGGAUUAUCGUCUAAAGUGCCGAACACUUUGCGGAACAAAUCUCGAAAGCGCGGAAUAUUGAAGCCAUACGUGCGGAAAAUACCACAGAUAAAAACAUAGGGAAGGUGUCUUCUAUUUCUUUGUUAAAUCCUCUCCGAUCCUUCUCCAAUAAUGAACCCUUCCCCUGCCAAACGUCCUAGGACAUCUUCCCCCGAACCAGGUACACCUGUGUCUCAAGGACCUUUACGCCGUACAUCGCCUUCCCUUACUUUACCACCAAUACAAAGCGGAGCGCUACCUCCCAGCUACGGUGGACCAUCAACCUGGUCAUCAGCGUGGCGAGGAGCGUCUCGAGCUUCUCAAGGGGUUGAAGGGUCGCAAUCCCCGAAAAUGGAGGAGGACGAUCCCGAACCGAGCGGAACAACAGGUGGAGGUCCAAGUGGUGCUGCACCAGGAUCUUCUUCUAGCGUUGUGUUCACAAGGGAUGUUAAUCCUCGUGCUCCGAGAAGUAUGAUGGCUUGUGUCAGAUGUCGUCGUCAAAAAAUGAAAUGCGAUGGGCCCAGCAAGGUUCCUUGCAGAGGCUGUCGGCAGGCAGGGCAGCAAUGCGUCUUCGAACCCCGCUCGCGUCCCAAAUCCAUUUCUGUCAUUCCGUCCCGUCCUUAUUAUCCUGGAAGACCAGGGUCACCGGCAUCAUUUUACCCCUCUGGGCCUCAGCCAGCCCCACCAAUAACGUCUCGACCGAUGAAUCAAGAAUACGCCUUUCGGCCGACUAGUCGUGAGAUGCCUCCUCCCUCAGCAACCUCGGGAAUGAGCUCUUUUUAUCCCGGACAACUACACAGAAGAACACCUCCACCUCAAUCAGUGCCUUCAGCCGGCCCAUCGAGUGUCUAUUUCCAGCCUCCUCCGCCGCCACCCCAGGUUGUACACCCCCCACCAUUUACGGUACCAGUUCAACGGCCGCCACCUUCACCGUCUUCUUCAGAUGCACGGCUUCGGGCACUUGAGCGUACAAUCGAUUCCACGUUAAGACCGCUUGCAUGGGUUCCAAGCGCGCUAUCGUCUCUUCAACAAUCCGUGGCUGAGCUCCGGGCACAAGUUGCUCCACGUCGAGUACUUACAGUGUCUGACACAACUUGGGAACACUACCGUACCCGAGCCUGGCCUUUGACGCCAUGGUUGAUCGGUUUGAGAGACGGAGUCGGAUUGCCCGGGAUGGUAGUGGAUUUCCUGGGCCGAAGAGCGGAGGAAGUUGAGAAGAUGGCAGCCGGCCAGGGGAUGGGAAGUACGACGGGUUUGGAAGGGGAAGCGAGAAGAGAAGUUGGAAGAUUGAUUGGAGAAGGGAAGGAAUGGGGUAAAGAAGAGAUGAGAGCAUUGACUGUUCUUGCAACGUGGACAAACGAUACCAUCUAUGCGGGAUUGGCUGUGGCACAUGGUCGGAUGAUGGGUCUAGAUCGACAAAGAAGAACGCAUGACGAUUGGCGUGAAUGGAUUUAUAUAGUUAUAAUGGAUAACAUGUGCCAUAUUCCAGACUUUCUGAAGCCUAUCACGGACGAGGGGCUCUCCGCUGUGUGGAGAGAUCGCCUCGCUGAGCUGCCGUCGGCAGAGCCGGCCAUAAGGGAUAGGGAUGCAAAAUUGCUGGCAUGGCUUGAAUAUUCGGAGCUUCUCGCUGAUGUCUUCCGUUUUCGCAUGCCUCCAGCAUCGCGAGACCCCGAAUACCAAACUCCCUUGGAAGCGCGUGAAAAACGUCUUUUCGAUCCCUGGAGAGAGUUUGGGCGGCAAUGGGAAGGUUGGGCGAACGCCUUUGGUGCAAGAGCGGAUCCAAUUCUGUCGUUGCAUUACACUUACGCGGUCCUCUUCACUGUUUCACCUGUUUAUUUUGCCGAUGCAACUGCAUGGGAGGAACUCGCGGCGUCGCCUGACGGUCAACCACUGCUGGAAAAAGGACGAGAAGCAGCUAUUGGAGUGAUUCAAAGCAUUUGUUCUGCCGAAGUAGGCAGGACUUUGCCUUACUCGUUCGCUUUGUAUCGUCCCCUUCUAGGCCUUGCAGUCUUCCAUCUCAUCUCUCUUGCGGCGUCUCUCCCAACCAUAUCCACUGUUUCAUCCUCCAUGAACGCCAUCAAGAGGACUCUUCGUCAAGCAUACGACGUACUUAACGCUCAGGUACCUGACCGAGAAGCGCUUCCUGGGCCGAGCGCGGGUAUACCAGGAGUGGGGGCGGGAGUCGUCUUGCCAGGAGGUCUGUUGGCGGAGGUCGUAGAGAGUGGGAGAGUGGAUGUAGGUAAGAGAUGGAUAGGUAUGGAUGUUGGGAGAGAAGCCUGGAGAAGGAUAAUUGGAUGAUCUCCAGGCAACACUUGGACAGAGAAAAAAGAAAAAACACAUUUAAGGAGGUACACGAAUCAUGAUCAUACGACGGACCACACAUUGUUUUAACGACUUCUCAUUAAUCCAAUAUAAUUUUUUGACCUCUGAGAGAGGAAGGCCUUUUGAAAAGUAAUGGAAGUACAGAACUAGCGUAAUUUGACAGGUUAAUUCGUUCAUGUCCCUGGUUGAAUACCCAGCAUCGAAUAUACCACUUAGCAUAUGAAUCGUUUGGUCUCUU